AAUGCAACAAACUCGUGUGUUUUGACAGUUCGCGCGAGAUGUCAGAGAGCAAGCCUCAGGUGGGAGAUCUAGCCGAAGAGUUGGACCAGCUCACGUGGUCUGAAACGGCUCGGCUGAGUGCCCAGCUCGGAAUGAAAUCUUCCGUUCUGCGGGAGAUCCGCGAAAGCAAACAGCGCGACGACAUAAAACUCUUGAAAACCAUGGAACUGUGGCUCAAAUCGGACCAGAACGCCUCCUGGACGAGGGUGGUAAGAGCUCUCAACGCCAUACGAAAGAACGUUCUGGCGCAGGAGAUGGAGUGGAAGUACUGCAGACCCGCACCGGCGAGUCGCUCGGCAGACUCCGCACUUCACGCCGUCGGCGUCCGGUCGUUCAGUCGUCCAAAACCUGUCGCCAACCCUGAAGCUGCUGCUCCGUCCAUUGCCCGGGCCUCUGCAGCUGAAUCACUGGAGGCAGUCAUGUGAACCUCUGGACCUACAGCAGCUACAGCAGCUAGAACUCCCACGAUCCCUACCCACUUCCCACGAAGAAGAACAAAGCCUUCGGCACGUAGCUAACUGCAGAGCAAGAACUAAACCAGUUCUAGUCCAUUUGAUUACCAGUCACGGCACCUGAGUUCCACUCCCGACAAAGUCGCUCUCCCUCUUGGCUGUGCUAAGCUACUGUUCUUCAAUCUCGAAGCCAUCGUCGUCAUUUCUCCUCUUCCCCUCCCUCCUCGAUGCCUCGCGGAAAUCAAAGUUUCCUCUGCAAUUCCACUGGAUUCCUCCGACCAGCGGCUCAACCUGAGGCCCCAGCCGUCUUCCCAAGAGUUCCCAGACAGAUCUGAACUCGAAAACUGAUGCCAUUUCCGACACUUUGUGGUGACAUAAUCGAGGGAACCGUGAUAUUCCUUUAUUCUUUAUAGCUAAAAAUAUUGUAUUUUGUACAGUGCUGUGGUGUAAAUAAUAAUUAUAGGUUAUACUGCUCGCCAAUGGAAAAUAUGCGAUUUAGACGGUA